UCCCGACUCUCCCUCCGAGACAUGACCGUCACUUCGACGACCAUCCAGGCCUCGGACGCCAAGCAGGUCCGGUCUCUCUUCUACGCCGACAUCUAUGUCUUCCAUCUCUCGCCGAAGCUGGGCAUCGAGCUCCUCAUUCGCCAUGGCUUCUUCGCAUUGGCCUCCGCUGCUGAUGCCGACAAGAUGGCCUCCCUGCUGGCUGCUGCUCCCGGGGAGCUGGACUUCGAGGAGCUCCCCGGGCCCAUGAUCGAGGCCAUUGCGCGCUUUCUCCUUCGCGAGCCGGCUCUCGACCGGCACCGUGUUGGCGGCUACAUCGCCGGCCGGGACACCCACUCCAACCGGGUCCGGGAGGCUUUCUGCAUGCACUUUCCCAUGCAGGGCCUGAAUUUGGAGGCAGCCUUUCGCAAGUUCCUGACAUCGGCCAACUUCACGGUGACCGGUCUCGAGGCCCAAGCAAUCUCCCGAAUCCUGGAGUCCUUCUCCGAGGCCUAUUGCCAGCAAAACCCUGGGGUUUUCUUGCUCUCCGACACGGCCUUCAUCCUGGCCUUUGCCCUGCUGAUGCUCAAUACCGAUGCCCACAGCCCCCAGCUGAAGGCAUCUCGCAGUCGGCGCAUGACCUGCUCGGAGUUCGUGGACAAUUGCCGGAGGUCACUGCGGCCACAGCUCCAGCCCCUGGCGCGCCUGGCCCCCGAGGCGGCAGCCAUCGCCACCGGUCGGUCGGCCGUGGCAGCCGCGGCAGCCGCCGACGCCGCCAACCCCGCCCCGGACAUGGCCCCCUCCCAGGACCCGGAGAUUACAGGGCCAGCGGCUGGCACUCCUGCCGAUGCCCUGCAGCAGGAACAACACCAUGGUGAUGAGGAUGCCGCUGCCCCUGACGUCGGGUUCCGGUCGAUGUCCGGCUCGGACACGACGCCCGGCUCGGAUUCCGACUCGGAGUACUCCUCAUCAGACUCCUCGAUUGAUGGCCAUUCUCCGGAGCACGAUGGGUAUCUGACUCGGACCACCGAGCGCACCCGGUCGACGAGUGCCCAGGACAUUGACCAUGUUUUGCGGCUGGCCGGGUCGACCUCCUCCUUUUCCCUGGGAUCGAUUGACUCCGUUGGCGGGUUCACCUCCACCGGGUCCGAGCUGCUGGCCUCCGAUGGGGGGCACCUGAGCUGCUCGUCCUUCGGCGGCUCGCAAGCGUCGCUGGCCAGCGCACAGGACAUCGAUCGAGUCUUGAAUCUGGUCUCGGUUGGCAAUUCCAUGGCCGCCGGUGCGGCCAAUGCCCGCCUGUCCUCCUCCUCGGUGGCGGGCAUUUCGGAUGGUGAGCCGCUGUCGCCGGCGUCCUCCCUGCUUGGCCUGUCGGCCGGUGGCGGCGGCCGCGGCACCGGCGCAUCGGCCGAGGGGGCUGCGGCGUCCGCCUCCUCGGCCGCCGAGCAUGCGGCCCUGGCCGCGGCCAAGCAGCUGAGCCCGGCGCUGACGGCCACCGCGCUUGCCGGCGAUCUGGCGGCCGAUGCCUCUCCCCUAGGGGGGGACUCCUACCCGGGCAGCCCCCGGGCCCCUUCUCCCAGCCCGAGCUCCUCCUCCCAGCGAGACAUCGAUCAUGUAAUGGCUCUGGUGGCCUCGACCGACAGCCUGGCCGGGCAGGUGGGUGUCCCGGCUCUUGGGCAGCUAUCUCCCCUGGAGACGGGCGAUGACAUGCCGUGUCGGCAUCCGUCGAGCUUUGACAUUGAUGCGCUGCUGAGCAUCGGGGCCUCCCUGACCGACUCGGCCCUCGUGCCAUUGGAUGGCACCAUCGGCCAGGAGGAGCUCGAUUCAAGCCCCACGGCAGCCCCCCCGCGGAAGACCAUGGCCUCCAUGUCCGGUGGAACCCCGGUCAUGAGCUCCUGCGGUGGUGGUCGGCGGUUUUCCUCCCCGGUGGCCAGCUCCUCGCGCAAGAAGCAAUCCAAAAAGAACUCCCUCGGUCAGCCGAUCGCCGGCGAGCACCUGCACCAAACCCACUCAAAGUCCCUCUCCGGUCUGGACGCUCUCGGCAAUGAGGAGGCCUCGCCUGGGCGGAAGUUUGUUCCCCCCCCGCAGCCGGUGACCACGGCCGCCCCGGUGGAGGUCACCGAUUCGGCCCUGCGGAAGAUGUACACCUCGAUCGUCAGCAAUGAGAUCCGCCUGUCCGGGGGCAGUAGCUCCAGCUCGGCCAUCAGCGCCCUGGCCACGGCCACUGGCAUCCCUUCCCUCAACACCCCCGAGCGCCGGCUCAUCUAUAGCUUCAGUAAUGUGCUGCUGAUGCUGGACACCGCUUCGCAGCAGCUUCCUUCUUCCUAUUCGAUUUACCUCUUCAAUGACUCGAUCCUCCUCCAGAAGCAGGGCAAGCAUGGGGAGGCCGAAGUGGUCGACCCGUCGCCCGGGUCCGACACCGGCCCCGGUGCAUCCCAGUCGAAUGUGGCCCCGCCUUUCAAGCCGGCGGACAUCCUGUACGGGCGCCGGGCAGCCAGCACCGGGCAGAUUCACAUCCCCCCCACACCGUCGGGUGGGUCCCUGGAGCCCGGGGAGGCCCCUGCGUCGCCCAGUGCGGCCCAGUCCUUCAGCUUCUCGUUCAUUUGGAUUUCCCUGAGCUGCCUGCGCGUUGGCAGCCUGGCCUCCACACAGCCGAUUGUGGAGCUGGUGGUCCCUCCCCGUGGCGGUGGUACCGGAAGCGGAUCGACCGCCGACACGGGAACCUCCUCCGCCCGGCGACUGGUCAUCCUGUUUUCCUCGCCCACCGCCGACGGCCCGGCAGGGUCGGGUGCUUCAUCGGCAUCCGGGUCUGAGGGUGCCGGUUCGCGUGGGUUCUCCUCGGCCGGGGCUGGCGGGUCGCCCGGCUCGCCGACGCAGUCUGUCCCGGCGACUUCCUCCGGGUCGGCCGGUGGCGGUGGUGGCGGGCCGGCGUCAUCAUCGGGCUCGCCGGCCGGGGGGGCUUCCUCCGGGGGCUCAUGCAUCGGGGCCGAUGCCAUUCCCUCGGCCGCGGCCGAGGCCUUUGCCCUGCUUCUCAAUGAGCAGGCCGCCAUGUUGGCCUUCCUGCCGACUGGCGCCCAGUCGGGGCUCUGUGAGCGGAUUUGCGGGCUUUCCACCCCGGAUGCGCACUACACCGCCCCGGUGGGCAAGGGCUCGGCCAACCGCGUGAAGCCCUCGCACUUGCAGCACAUCUCCUCGCGCGUGGGGAGUCUCCUGCACACAAGGUCCUUUUCCGCCACGCCCACGGUCUUUUCCUCCUCCUCCUCCUCCUCUUCCUCGUCGGCCUCGGCCGCGGCGCAGGCGGCGGACCAUCGGGCGGCCGGCGGGGCGGCAGAUCCCAUGAUCGACUAA